AUGAGGAUUGCUGUCCUCAGGCAACUCGGUCAAUCUCUCGCACCAGGACCGUUCCACGGUAUCACAUCAGCAGCAGCGCCACGUUUCAGCACAAUGGCAGUCACCUACGCCGCCGCCGUCAGCACGCCCAACGGUGGGGUCCGGCAGCCUCAAAUCCAAGCCCGAGCCUGUUCAGACCCGGAUCUACGCGCAUCCUUUGAGGCAGCGCAAACGCAGCAGCAAGAGCAGACCAAGAAACCCCAACGACCUGGAGCCGGCAUCCGCGCAAAGACGAGUUUCCGCGGCUGGAGCACCAAGAAAGAAGGAAAAACUAGCCCAAAGCAAGCUAAUAAUGAACCCUAUGUUGUGGAAGAAAGCCGGCCCUCAGGUCAUUACCCUAGGCAGGAGCAUAGGCCGAACACGGCGAGCCAAGAUGAACAGGUCUACGUUCUUACGCUCAAACUUACGGACUCCCUGGCUAAACCCAUGGACGAGAUGCGGAAUCGGUAUUUUCCGAAGCACUUGAAUCGCACUGGGGCGCAUUUGACGCUCUUCCAUGCGUUGCCACAUUCGCAUAUGGAUGCGCUGGAGCAGGGGCUCUCGCAGACGGCGACCAGUAUGAAGCCGUUUGACGUAUCAACGGGCAAACCGUUCCGGAUGCGCAAGGGCGUUGGAAUUAACGUGGAUGAAGGGUACAAGAAGAUGAAAGACGUGCAUGGAGAUUUGCAGUCACAGUGGUCCGCCUUCCUCAGUGAGCAGGAUGCAGGUGGCUUCCGACCUCAUUGGACGGUCAUGAACAAAGUCGAUGACGAGCAAAAGGUUGACGGGGCCUUUGCGACGAUCAGACAGGAGCUGAGCGAGAGCAACCAGGAGGGGAGAGCUGUGGGGCUGGACCUGUGGAGGUAUGAGCGCGGAAACUGGAUCUUCGCCAGGGAGUAUGUGUUUGGCGAUGCUUCUGUCAAGACACCGACCAAGGCGCACACGUCGCCGACGGGGGGUAACAGAACCUCGCACGUGUCUCUUUCUCCAGAGGACCGGAGCCCUACAGGUGGGCCAGGCAAGAGACCGGCACACAACACCGCCAACAUGAAAGCCAUCAUUCUCGUCGGAGGGUUCGGCACCCGUCUGAGGCCUCUUACCCUCACCUACCCCAAGCCGCUCGUCGAGUUCGCGAACAAGCCCAUGAUCCAGCACCAGAUCGAGGCCCUUGCCGAUGCUGGCGUCACAGAUGUUGUCCUCGCGGUCAACUACCGCCCGGAGAUCAUGGCCGAGGCGCUCAAGACCUACGAGAAGCAAUACGGCGUCACCAUCACAUUCUCCGUCGAGACCGAGCCCCUCGGCACCGCCGGUCCCCUCAAGCUCGCUGAGAACGUCCUCGGCAAGGACGACUCGCCCUUCUUCGUCCUCAACGCCGAUGUCACAUGCGACUACCCCUUCAAGCAGCUCGCCGAGUUCCACAAGCAGCACGGCGACGAGGGAACUAUUGUCGUCACAAAGGUCGAGGAGCCGUCCAAGUACGGUGUCGUAGUCCACAAGCCUGGCCACGCCUCCAAGAUUGACCGUUUCGUCGAGAAGCCCGUCGAGUUCGUCGGCAACCGCAUCAACGCCGGUAUCUACAUUAUGAACACCAGCGUGCUCAAGCGCAUUGAGCUCCGCCCUACCUCGAUCGAGCAGGAGACUUUCCCUGCCAUUGUCAAGGACGGCCUGCUGCACUCGUUCGAUCUCGAGGGCUUCUGGAUGGACGUUGGACAGCCCAAGGACUUCUUGUCCGGCACCUGUCUCUACCUCUCAUCUCUGGCGCGCAGGAACGCCAAGCUGCUCACACCAGCCUCUGAGCCAUACGUCUACGGCGGCAACGUCCUGAUCGAUCCCUCGGCGAAGAUUGGCAAGAACUGCCGCAUCGGUCCUAAUGUCACCAUUGGCCCAGAUGUUGUCAUUGGCGACGGUGUCCGUCUGCAACGCUGUGUGUUGCUCAAGAACAGCCGUGUCAAGGACCACGCCUGGGUCAAGUCGUCUAUUGUUGGCUGGAACAGCACCGUCGGCAAGUGGGCGCGUCUCGAGAACAUAACAGUUCUCGGUGACGACGUUACCAUUGGCGACGAGGUCUACGUCAACGGUGGUUCCGUCCUGCCCCACAAGUCCAUCAAGCAGAACGUUGACACUCCUUCGAUCAUCAUGUAA